AUGUCGGGAAUCCGGAUCAACGUGGAAGAGGCCUCCAACGACGAACACGAGGAUUUCGUUCGAGACAUCGAGGCGACGGCGGCCACGACGGCGGUAGCGGGUAGCCCGCUUUCCUGGCACAUACCAAGGCCGUCCUUGGUCGGACGAAGCGAGAGGGACAGCGAGAAUGGUAGCUGGGCUCAUCAUCAUCUCCACCCGAACUCUCCUUCCCGGGGAUCCACGUCCUCGCAAGGCUCGACCGCCAGUACACACAGUGCCGCGUCGGGCACGUUGCUAUUGACAGCUGCGAACCUGGCCAAUCUCGCAGCUAUUCAUCCGCCCACGGUGACGGCGCCGAAACAGACGGACACCGCAUCGGUCGCGAGCAGCACCCACUUCACCGUCGUGAACGGUCUAGGCAGACCCACCACCGUCUAUAGGAAGUCCUGCUGCGCGAGACACCAGCUCACCGUGCUCGUAUGCACGAUGAGCUUCCUGUUCAUGGUCGGCCUGCUUCUUGGGAUCCUUUACAUGGAAAUGAGAAUUCGCGACAAGUAUCACUAG